GGCAUUGCAGAGCAAGCAGAUUUUAGAGGAACGAUCACAACCGUUCCUUGCUAAGGUCCCCUGAGGCUUUUCUUUAUGUUUGGCUUGCUGGUUUUUAAGGCUAAUUAGUGGUCGUUUGGCUCCCUCAGGAAUCUUAAAUGGUCUUCAAGUGAACUACUUCUUGCUAGCUUGUGAUUAAUCCUGUUAUAAGCGGCACUCUUACAGCUUAAAACUCGGGUGACAUGGUUUCUGCUCAACAAGCUUCGGAAGUGUAAUGGUAAUACAUAACCGUGAGAAGCCAUAUGAUGGCUACAGCUGCAGUUAUUGGGCUAAGUGCAGGGAAGAGGCUGUUGAGUUCUUCGUUUUAUUCAUCUGACCUCAACGACAAACUCUUCUCUGUCCACGAGCUUGGAGUGACGCAAUUUCAGGCUGCCUCAGCUAAGAAUGUGAUAAUAGCAAAAAAAUCUAACAAUUUUGGCCCUGGAGUUCCAUCUAAUCGGCAUACCCAGACAAUUAAGGCUCUUAAAGAACAUGUGGAUACUUCCUCUGUUCCUUCCACUGAUGAGAGCUGGCAGCAGUGGACUGACCUCUUGGAGAAGGAUGGAAACCACAACGAAUCCUCACUAGAAGUCCUAAUUUUGCUGCAGAAGUCUAUGCUGGAAAAGCAGUGGAAUAUUUCUUUUGAUCAGGCAGGAACUUUGGAUGCACCUGGAGGAGUCAACAAGAAGAUACAAAUAACUGGUUCAGGGACAUCUGCUCGGCAACGGAGAACAAAUUCAAGGAGAAAAGCUAUCAAUCAAACUGCUUCAUUAAUGCUGCCAAGUAGAAGGAAGCAUCCUCGUUCUAUUAUCAGUCCGGAACUGCUACAGGGUCGUUUAACUGGUUAUGUAAAGGGCAUAUCAAGCAAGGAUUUGCUCUCCCAUGCUGAAGUCAUACACUUGUCAAAUACAAUCAAAGCGGGUAUUUCCUUAGAAGAACACAAGUCAAAGCUGCAGGAAAGAUUAGGGUGUGAGCCCUCUGAUGAACAACUUGUCUCUUCUUUGCGGAUGUCGCGUGCUGAAUUACACUCCAAAAUGAUUGAAUGUUCAUUGGCGAGAGAGAGGCUAGCAAUGAAUAAUGUCCGUCUAGUCAUGUCCAUCGCUCAAAAAUAUGAUAACAUGGGGGCUGAACUGGCUGACCUUGUUCAGGGGGGUUUGAUUGGAUUACUGCGUGGGAUAGAGAAAUUUGAUUCUUCAAAAGGGUACAAAAUAUCAACUUAUGUAUAUUGGUGGAUUCGUCAGGGUGUUUCAAAAGCUCUGGUUGAGAAUUCCAGAACGCUAAGAUUACCCUCACAUUUGCAUGAAAGGUUGAGCUUAAUUCGGAAUGCAAAGAUUAGAUUGGAAGAGAAAGGAAUAACACCCUCCAUAGAUAAAAUUGCAGAAAGCCUGAAAAUGUCACAAAAGAAAGUCAGGAAUGCUACAGAGGCAAUCAGCAAGGUCUUCUCUCUCGAUAGGGAAGCCUUCCCUACACUAAAUGGCCUUCCAGGAGAAACUCUUCAUAGCUACAUUGCAGAUAACAAUCUUGAGAACAACCCAUGGCAUGGAUUUGAUGAGUGGUCACUCAAGGAUGAAGUGAACAAGCUUAUCAGCACAACCCUGGGUGAAAGGGAGAGAGAUAUAAUACGUCUUUACUAUGGCCUGGAUAAAGAAUCUCAUACAUGGGAAGACAUUAGUAGACAGUUUGGCUUAUCAAGAGAACGAGUUCGGCAAGUUGGGCUUGUUGCCCUGGAGAAACUAAAACAUGCCGCAAGGAGAAGAAGGUUGGAAGCCAUGCUGGUGAAGCAUUGAUUUGGUAUGUAUUUUAACUCUGUAGACAUUAUGUAAUGACUGUAUAUAAAGAAAGAAAAAUGUGCAUCUCCAAUUUAUUUGUUAUUGGAAAUAAUUACAGAAGAAAAGAAGAAUUUAGAGCGGGAUUGGACCCUGAACCUUUGAGUGAUGGGAUUAGAAACACUGAUCAAGUGAUUGUAAGAUGAAAUUUUUUGUGUAUGAUAUGAAGAGAAAUUCUAAUCUCUA